AUGUCUUCCUACACAGUACUUUGGCUUGUAUAUAUAGUUUGCAUGUGCCUUGUGUCUUGGAUUAUUUAUCAACGUGUUACCGAACAGUUAGUUUUGACACCAAAUUACCUUUAAAAAAUCAUGAUUUGUAACUUUUCUUGGCCUCAAAGUUUAGGAGCGCUUAUAGCCGAGCCAAUCUCAAAAAUUAGGACAGCUUAAAAAUAGUAACUUUCUCAGUCUAUACUUGAUAUACUUUCUGAUCAUCUUUACUCUUUCAAAAAAAAUAUAUUUUUCAAAAAAAAAAAACAAAAAAAACAAUGCCUCCAGGCGGGAUUGAACCGCCGACCUUCUGUUUACGAGACAGACGCUCUGCCUCUGAGCUAUACAGGCACAUGUGAAGGGCAGCACUAUUUUUCCUUCAGUAUCUCGUCGCUCAAAAAUACUUUUUUUUGAAUUACACUGUUUUUAUUAUUACAGAAUCCGAAACUACUUGCACAUCGAACCAGUUGUCCGAUAUUGUCGAUUGAUUCAUGUACAAAAGCCAAAAAGUGAUGAAGAACUGGAAAGAAUCUCCGAAAAUGACGAAGUGAUAGAUUUUGGUUUUGAGAAUUGUGAAGAGAUUAUUGUUGGAGAUUAUGUCAACAAUAUUACAGUAGAUUGUUGUUAA